GACUUUCAACAUGGCGACAGCCUUGGCUCAUUCCAGGAAGGGGCGGAGCCUGGGCAGGGGGCAGGCUCAGAAUUAGGCUACAGCCGGGGCUGUGCUCGCGUUUACUGACAACUUAUCAUGGAGGCGAACGAGUGUGGACCUCAGGGUUUUCCGGAGCUGAAGAAUGACACCUUCCUGCGAGCAGCCUGGGGAGAAGAAACAGACUACACUCCUGUUUGGUGCAUGCGGCAGGCAGGCCGCUACUUACCAGAGUUUAGGGAAACUCGGGCUGCCCAGGACUUUUUCAGCACCUGUCGCUCCCCAGAGACCUGCUGUGAACUUACUCUGCAGCCACUGCGUCGCUUCCCUCUGGAUGCUGCCAUCAUCUUCUCCGACAUCCUUGUUGUACCCCAGGCACUGGGCAUGGAGGUGACCAUGGUGCCUGGCAAAGGGCCCAGCUUCCCAGAGCCAUUAAGAGAAGAGCGGGAUUUACAGCGCCUCCGGGAUCCAACAACAGUGGCCUCUGAGCUGGGCUAUGUGUUCCAGGCCAUCACUCUCACUCGACAACGUCUGGCUGGGCGUGUGCCACUGAUUGGCUUUGCUGGUGCCCCGUGGACUCUCAUGACAUAUAUGGUUGAGGGUGGCGGCUCAAGCACCAUGGCUCAGGCCAAACGCUGGCUUUACCAGAGACCGCAGGCCAGUCACCAGCUGCUUCGCAUCCUCACUGAUGCUCUCGUCCCAUAUCUGGUGGGACAAGUGGCUGCUGGUGCCCAGGCAUUGCAGCUCUUUGAGUCCCAUGCAGGGCAUCUUGGCCCACAACUCUUCAGUAAGUUUGCACUGCCUUACAUCCGUGAUGUGGCCAAGCGAGUGAAAGCCGGGCUGCAGGAGGCAGGCCUGGCACCAGUGCCCAUGAUCAUCUUUGCUAAGGACGGACAUUUUGCCCUGGAGGAGCUGGCCCAGGCUGGCUACGAGGUGGUUGGGCUUGACUGGACAGUGGCCCCAGAGAAAGCCCGGGACUGCGUGGGAAAGACGGUGACCCUGCAGGGCAACCUGGACCCCUGUGCCUUGUAUGCAUCUGAGGGAGGACAGAGGUGUGCUGGCCCCCCCUGUAGCCAGUGCCCUGUUGGUCCCCCCAGGAAGAGAUUGGGCAGUUGGUGCAGCAGAUGCUGAAUGACUUUGGGCCGCGGCGCUACAUUGCCAACCUGGGCCACGGACUUUACCCUGACAUGGACCCAGAACAUGUGGGAGCCUUUGUGGAUGCCGUGCACAAACACUCACGCCUGCUUCGACAGAACUGAGCAUAAUCCUUUUAUCUGAAGUACCACUAACACAGAUGAUUGCUUCCAGGAGAAUAAAAGUUCCAGAGCUGGA